GGACACAGAACUGUCCUGGAAUACAAACAAUCCUCAGUGGACCAGAUGUUUGGAAUGGACAGCCUUGACCACAUUUCCCAUCAUUCUCUUCAUUUCAAGUGCAAUUUACCUCCGACUCAACAAACCCCCUCCUUGGGCAGGAAAAGCGCGAAAGCAAACCUACCUCUACUACUUCAAAAUAAUUUUCCUCUACUGUCUGACGAUGGUCUCGGUUUUCGAGGCUUCUUUCGACUUGAGCUACUUGAAUUCGAGGGCAGCUGCGAUUUACUCAGUGCCUACAUUGCAAGCAUUCGCCAUGUUGAUUGCAGCAAAAUUGAUGAAAAUGGAACGACUCAGAGGGGAACAAACAUCUGGGCCAUUAUUCACGUUUUUCCUCACAAUGGUCGCGAGUAGCGCCAUCUCUGUGGCACGAGUGGCGAGAAACUUCACCAAGAACAGUGAAAACAUCGCUAUGCUGACUUUGCUGAGUUCGAAAACGAUGUUGUUUCUCAUUGUAACCAUUUUGAGCUGCCUCUCAGAUUUGCCCCAAGACGAGGAACCAGAGAAGAAAAAUGAAGCGGAAGAAUUCGAUCUCGAACGACCGGAAGAAGCGUUUUACGGACACAAUUUACCCCGGUGUCCGGAACAGGAUUCAUCGUUUCCGAGUCGCAUCAGUUUCCACUGGUUGACCCCGUUUGUGAGAAGGGGUUACAAAAAAUCAAUCACAGUUAAAGACAUGUUUCGAUUGCCUCCGAGUCUCGAACCCUCGCACGUGAUCCGGAAAUUUGACGAAAAUUACAUCAGACACUACAGACGAAAAGGAAGACCAAUCUAUGUGGUGAAGAUCCCCGAGAUCAUCCCGGCAUUCAUGAUUGACAAAAACGGAGACCCAAUGGCGUUCAAAUUCCUUCCGAAACCCGCGGAAGCGCAAUCAACUUCCCGGAAGUCCAUUUCCGCCUCAGCACAGCCCGAGAACAAGAAAAGGCGUCGUCAGGACAUGAAUGAAACAGAGAGACAAGAAUAUGAUCGAAACAAGAAGGAACAAGACGAGUGGGCCAAACAAAGAAUCCGGGGUUUGCCCACCGUCUUACGCACUUUCUGGGUGCCAUUCACUAUUGCUGGCAUUGUCAAACUCAUGCAGGACCUGCUCAUGUUCGCCUCACCCUAUUUGCAAAUGCGAAUCAUCAAUUUCAUGACAUCUGAUGAGCCCCUAUGGAAGGGAUACUUGUAUGCCAUUGCAAUGCCUGCUGUUGCAGUAAUCCAAACCUUCACCCUUCAUGCCUACUACCACAAGGUGCUGAGAGUUGGGAUGGAGAUCAGAACAUCCAUAACUUGCACCAUUUACAGAAAAGAAUAUUUUUACUCCAAAGGCAUUGUGAUGCUGGCAGGAGUUGCUGUGAUGAUGGCAGUCAUGUUUGCAAAUGCAGGUAUUGCAGUCUACUUGAAGAAAAAGCAUUUGCAGCUAAUGAGCAAAAAGGAUGACAGGGUCAAGAUGAUGAAUGAGAUCUUGAAUGGCAUAAAGGUAUUGAAGCUUUAUGCAUGGGAAACAAGUUUUCUCAACAUUGUUGAAGAGAUCAGGAGACAGGAAGUCAGGACCCUGUACAGUAUGUCUGUGAUUCAAGCAGUGUCCAACUUCCUGUCCAUAUUCUCACCAUAUGCUGUUUCCCUGGUGACAUUUGGACUCUAUGUCAUGGUUGAACAAAGGUCACUCAAUGCUUCCACCAUAUUUGUCUCUCUCACCCUGUUUGACAUGCUCAGAAUGCCAUUGUCCACAAUCCCUGCUGUUCUCAUGUACAUUGUCCAGGUUCAAGUGGCACAAAAUAGGAUUGAUAAUUUUUUGAAUGCAGAGGAACUCCAGUUGGAUGCCACCAUCAGAGACCAUGAUUCCAAUGCAGUCACCACAAAUGUUGUUCCUCCUUUUCUCCAAAUGCAGAAUUUCCAGUGGAUAUUAAAAACGGAAAUUUCGCCUGGAUCCAAGGACAGCCUUUGCUCCAAGAAAUCAACCUACGGGUUGGCAAAGGCAAACUUUGCGCCAUUGUGGGGAAAAUUGGCGCGGGAAAAUCCUCCCUUUUGUCAGCCAUGGUUGGAGAAAUGUCUCGCAUUUCUGGAUCUGUUCACGUUUCGGCAAGGCACAGUUGCAUACGUUCCUCAAACAGCCUGGAUGCAAAAUGCGUCCAUCAGGAACAACGUGCUUUUCGGAAAGUCAUUCAACGCCGCAUGGUAUUGGAGAGUUUUGAAAGCCUGCGAAAUUUUGCCUGACCUCGACAUCCUCCCGGCGAGAGAUUUCACCGAAAUCGGAGAAAAAGGCAUAAAUUUGAGCGGAGGUCAGAAACAGCGGGUGAAUCUCGCGCGUGCCGUUUACAACCAAGCGGAUAUUUAUCUCCUCGACGACCCCCUCAGCGCAGUUGACCCCCACGUGGCCCAUGAAUUGUUCAAAGAAGUCAUCGGACCCCAGGGUUUGCUGGCCACGAAAACCCGUAUUCUCGUCACCCAUCACCUUCCUUUCCUUUUCCAGGCAGAUGAAAUCAUAGUUCUUCGCCAAGGAAGGAUCAUUGAUCAAGGGAAGAUGACUGACCUUAUCAAACAUGGCUAUGAGGAAUUACAGCAAUCAUUCCUCCCAACCGAGUCAGAAAGUGAAAAAACCAAGGCUAAAGAGGAAAUCAAGUCUGAAGAGAAGGAAUCCAAAGAUCCUGAAGAUAUUUCAAGUGACUACAAGGCAGUCCAUGGCACUGACGAGCACAGAAUAAUAUUGGCGGAGAAAACAGAAACUGGACGAGUUCGUCACACAGUGUACAAAUACUACUUUGCCUGCAUCGGAUGGAUAAUUUUCUUCGCCAUGGUUUUUCUGUUUGUGAUUGCCGAAAUCAUCAAGACACUGUCCAGAUUUUGGCUAGCAUGGAAUUCCAGGAAUGCAAAGUCUAAUGAUGACACGAAUUUCAACAAACUCGACAAUUCGUCCUUUGACAGCGCGGCCUUUUUGGCUAUUUACGCAGCUUUCGGCGCUGCUUACGCAAUUGCGUUUUUCUUUGCACUUCUGCUACUGUUCUUGGGUGGUCUGCGAGCUUCCAUCAAGAUGCAUGGGCACAUGGCGGAAAAGAUUUUCCGAUGCCCGAAUUCGUUUUUCGAAACCACGCCGAUUGGCAGAGUGCUGAACCGUUUUGGCAAAGAUUUGGACGUUUGCGACACCAUGCUACCGGAAUUGAUUCGCGGGUUCCUCGUUUGCGCGACCAUCGUGAGUUUUCUUCUUCUCUAUGUAUAUUUUUUUAAACGAUCAAAAACAUAUUUCAUGGAUGAAUUGAAAUUCGAUCGACAGGUCAUUGGGACGAUCAUCGCGAUUGCUUACUCCACACCACUGGUUCUCAUCAUCGUCGCUCCUCUGGGAGUUUCCUACUGGGUCGUUCAGCAAUAUUACGUGACGACGUCGAGGCAGUUGAAAAGAAUGGAAAGCGUGAGCAGGUCCCCGAUGUUCUCUCACUUCAGCGAAACCCUCAACGGGGCCUCGACCAUCAGAGCCUAUCAACAACAAGGCACAUUUGUGCAGCAAAUGUUCCGGAAAAUCAGCUACAACCAAGCGACUUUCUAUCCGUACAUUUGCGCAAAUAGCGGUUUCACUGCCGUCAGGUGGUUGGCUUUGCGUUUGGAAGCAGUCGGAAAUUUGUUCAUUCUUGGAACCACCAUUUUGUGCGUUCUUGGGAAAGGUUCUUUGGACCCCGGGAUGGUUGGCUUGUCGCUCAAUUAUGCUUUAGCAGCAUUAACUGCACUGGGAUGGCUCGUCAGGAUAACGUGCGAAAUAGAAACCAACAUCGUGUCAGUAGAACGAAUCAAGGAAUACAGUGAAAUGCCGUCCGAAGCUCUGUGGGUGAUCCCAGAAAAUCGUCCUCCUCCGGAUUGGCCUUCUCGGGGCCAAAUCGAGUUCGUCGACUACAAAACUCGCUACAGGCCUCGACUGGGUCUCACCCUGCACGGCAUCAGCAUGGUUAUUCAACCAGGAGAAAAGGCAAAACUUUUUUCGCAAAUACAUUCAAAAAAAUCGAUCAUUCAAAUACCUCUGGAUAGGGAAGGUACAGAGAUAACAGGAAAGUUCCCGUUUCUCUUACUCCAAUUUUUGUCCUGGUCUCUCGAAGUUCGACAGUCAAAAAAUACUCCACUUCAAAAAUUUUUACACGAUUUUGCAUCACAACAGGUUGGGAUAGUUGGCAGGACUGGAGCAGGAAAGUCAUCCUUGACAAUGGCACUGUUUCGGAUCGUGGAAGCGGUUGAGGGGAAAAUACUGAUUGACGACAUCGACAUUGCGACCAUUGGACUUCACGAUUUGCGCAAACGCUUGUCAAUUAUCCCGCAGGACCCGGUCCUCUUCAGUGGCUCAUUAAGAAUGAAUCUGGAUCCAUUCGAGGAACACACUGACGAGGCACUGUGGAAAGUCUUGGAGCUCUGCCACUUGAAAGAUCACGUUCAAGCGAAAAUGCGUCAGGGACUCAUGCAUCAUAUUGAAGAAGGUGGAGAAAACUUGAGUCUUGGUCAACGACAAAUGGUUUGCUUGGCGAGAGCUUUGCUGAGAUCGACGAAAAUAUUGAUUUUGGAUGAAGCAACUGCUGCUGUGGACUUGGGCACUGACGAACUCAUUCAGAAAACAAUUCGGUCAGCUUUCACCAGCUACACAGUUCUAACCAUUGCACACCGAAUGAAAACCAUCAUGGACAGCGACAAGGUUCUGGUUCUAUCCAAAGGACGCAUACUGGAAUUCGCUCCACCGCAAGAACUCCUAGCAAACGAGAAUUCAGAGUUUUACGCGAUGGCCGUCGAUGCUCAACUCGUGCCCGGAAGACAGUCGUAGACCAGUAAAGAAAAAAAUCACACGUGAUCUGAAAAAUCUCACAACGUUGACCAGAAAUAAAAACUGUUUGACACGCAUCAACACA